AGAUAUCAGUCCGUAACACCAGCGCUCGUUGAAGCUCACAGAGCCCAGGAACACGAACUUCUGAUCUGGGACUUUCCCUCGUGGCCGAGCGCGUUGCCCGUGGUUUUACCGCUGCCGAACGUCCGGCUCGUCCUCAGCUCCAAGGGCGCGCGCACUGCUCAGCGUGUUGGUCUCAACCGCCACCUAGCCCGCCGAGGCUUGCGAUGACAGCAAACACGCAUCUGGACCCCUACCUCCCCUACCCCGCGCAAGCUUUCCCCCAUUCAUCGGACGCGUCUCGACCAGUGGCGCGUCCGCCCGCGCACGCGUUUACCAACGCGCUUCCCCCGCUAGGCACCGAGAACUUCCCUGACAAGGCCCGAUAUCUAAACCAUCGUCAUGAUCAACAACGCGCGCGCGAUCAGCAUGCCGGCACGCAGGUUGAGGAUUACGCUCUUCCCCCGUCCGUCGUGGGCCAACAGCCUCCGUACCCGCACGUUAUACAGCCUCCGAGCGCCGCACGCGACGGCGCCUAUAGCGCGUUUAGUGCUCCCUAUCCUGUCGCGCACCCCCCAUCGAUGCCAGAGGCCCGACGGGUCGAUGAACGCAGGUUCAUCGAUCGCGAGAGUCCCGCAGCGCGUGAUGCACGUUUUCUGGCACCCCUACCCCCCGUUCCGCCGCCAGAACCGCGCGUCGCGCAGCUAGAAUCGCCACCACCCCAGCGCUCUCCUGCUGUCGCGCAAACAACGAUUCCGCUCGAGUCCGCGGGGACAAGCACGGAGCGCGACGCGCCGCCGAGCCGGGCCCAACCGUCCUCAUCGCGGUCAGCCGCCAAUACGCGUCGCGCCUCGACCAACGUCGUCAUCGCGUGCAAGCAGUGCCGCGCGCGCAAGAUCAAGUGCGACUCGACACGGCCCUCGUGCCACAACUGCAAGAAACGCGAGAAUCCCUGCGAGUACGACCCGGUCCCAAAGCGUCGUGGCCCAGACAAGCGUCCUGGGACGCGACAGCGCGCCUGCGGCAAGCGACCGCGGGAGGAUGAUGGCGACCGGGACCCCAAGCGGCGCCGAUUCGACAACUCGCUGACAAUAAUCGCCGAGCCCGGUAGCGCACCCCUCACCGAUUACGCUGUCGUUGCAUCAAGGACCGCCGAUUACACACGUUCCCCCACCGACUACAACCCGCCUAUUGCUCCCGAAUACCCACCCACGCCCAACGACUACCCUGCCGCGCCCCCGGACUUCGCACCUUCGUCCCCGUAUCAUUCCCGGCUCGCCCCAGUCACGGGUGCGCUUGCGCGCGAUCAGAAUGCGCAACUCGAGCCGACGUUCAGCCGCCGCGCGGGGGCGCGCGGCAGCUCGUCCACAAAUUCGCGCGCUUUGGAAAAGACUACGUCACAUCUGAGCGUCCUGACCGUACCCACAAGCCCGCUCGAGAGUCGGCCACCGCAGCUCGAGAGUAGCAGGCGCCGCCAGCGCGCAGGGAGCAUGGCGCAGGCGGGCAACAGCGAGUGGUGGGCGCGCUUCCUCAGCGCUGAGUCUUCGCUCGAGGAGAUACGGAAUAACUUCACAUACUUAUUUCGAGCCGACACCCCUCACUGGCUUUCCUUCCUCCACCUUGAAAGCUUCUUUGAAGACCUCUACAACGAUGAUAUACGCCCAAGUAUUCAGCCAGCAUUCCUUCUCGCAGCCCUUGCCCUUGCAAUCCUCAUGAGAUCGAGCGAAGCCGAAUGGGGCGCGCAAGGGCGGGAGAGAGCGCUUCACUAUCGAAAUACCGCCCGCGCUCAUAUGGGCUCAGCGACCCAUAUCGACCUUCGGUUAGCGGAGGCGGCUGUGAUCCUCGCCGUAUUCGAAUUAUCACUCCACCCCCAAUAUGCCCCGUCGGAAUUCCCUCGCGCACUCCAGGAAGCCGACCGCCUCAUCGCCGGCCUGGGUCUCUGCGCCCGAGACGCCGCCGAUCCUGAUAUCGUACGCUUCGCCCCGCGUCAAGUCCCCACCGUUCCCGGAGGCAGGGUAUCUGCGAACAGCCCUCGCGGCUGCAGGUGCGCCGACGCUGGCGCGGUUACGGGAUGGCCUGCGUACACCAGGAGUCAGGAAGAUAGGCGCAGCAUCACGGACGAGGAGUCGCGACGGCUUUGUUGGGCGGCGGUGAGCCUGGUCGCUGAGCAUGCCGCCGAGUGCGCUGCAUUUGGACGCAAAGUUCCACGAUAUUUUGUUGGGGAGGCGGCGAAUCUUACCAUCCUUUUCCCUUCGGAGACUACCGAUCGCGCAAAUCCCGUAUUCCGCUCCGCAGACGCGCCCACGCAGAAGGAAACCCUGUCAGCGCUGUACUGUCGCUCGAUGGUGCUAUGGCAGUUCGUCGUGCGCCUUGGCGAGGCUGGGGGCAUGCUGUCUGAGAAAGCGACCCCUCUUGCCGAACAGGAAGGUGCUUGGAUGGGACAAGAAGGCUCCUUCCCCUCGGCUACCCCUUUCUCGCCGACCCCAGGACCCUUCUCACCUACCUCGGCGCCAGGAGCUCGCGAUAGCGGUGCGUGGACAUCGGAGCCUCGCGGCGCUUGGCCAAGCGCAGCGGGUCCGUCCAGCAGCGGCGAGAAUUGGUCAUCCGAGAGGCUGAGGCGAGACAGUGGCCUGCAGCUCCAACAGAUCAACCGGACAGCGCUCGAGCGGGACAGCCAGACGACGGUCCGACCCGACAGUCCGUGGACGCCGGACGAGCAGGUCGAGGCCGCGCAGGAGGCGUUCGGGGAGGCGCAGGCGAUCGAGGAUGCGCUCGAUCUGCAUACGUGUGUGGAUGACCUCGGUCGACCUGCGGGUGACGCGGACGUCGUGCAGGUCUAUCUGACGAGGGAGCAUAUCUUCAACGUCCGUACCACGGUCUCGCUUGUACUUCGUCGACUUCAAGGCCUUGGUCCGCCCGCCUAUUCUCCUUUCCCUAGUCGUAGGCAGGCCGAGGACUGGAUCGAUUAUCAGCAGGAAGCUAUCGGACGCCUCGGUAUCACUGCUCUUCCCGAAGCUCCCCUUCAUGGCAUAGCGCGAAUCGAGCUUGCUCACCGGCCCUUCGCUGCACCGUGGCUCGCCAACCAGCUCGAACUGACGCUCUCCCUCAUCCGACAGGAUCGUACUUUGUCGGGCGCUCUUGAUCUCGCUCAUGAUUUGCUGCGCGCGAUGUUGUUAGCACGAGAUUUGUGGCCUAUACCCGCGUACGAUGAACGCUACGUCAGGCUGAAAUCAGAGGUCCGCAAAGUGAUCAAUAAUGACCUUAGCGCGGCCUGAGUGUCUACGGAAUACCACUCGAUAUUUAUCUGCGCUUGGAAGGGCUUGCAAGGUCUGUUGUAUAUUGACUUGAAUAUGUCUUGCCUGUUUGGCGGCGCGGUCAGCUCUUGUUUACGCAGAGCCAAUCACGUAUGGGGACGAUUCCUUUCUUUCAUUUGGACUGGAUACACGCAUAUUCAUCUUCUCUGCGCCUCACAUGAUGACGCGCAGUUCAUUGUGAUCCAUGCUAUAUGCCCACCCCGUGCUUAUGACCUUCUUUCCCUGCGCUUACGACCUUUACGAGCUGUACUUACGACCGGAUACCGGAGGACUAUUUAUUAUUUCAUUGCUGUUGUACAUAUAGCCUUACUCGCUUUACGGCGUGCCUGUUAUUGUACCCGGGGAGUUUAUGUUGUACCUGUUGGCAGUCAGCUUAUACCUGUCUCGCAUGUCUGAUAUAGCUGGAUGGCAG